AGCGUGCGCGGGUGCUAAUUGGCCCGAGCGGCGGCCCCGCCCGCGAGUGGCGGUCGGUCACGUGACGCGACGGCUGGGGGCUCCCGGCGCGGGGGACGCUGGUGGCCAAGAUGGCGGCGGAGCUGGUGGAGGCCAAAAACAUGGUGAUGAGCUUCCGAGUGUCCGACCUGCAGAUGCUCCUGGGCUUCGUGGGCCGCAGCAAGAGCGGCCUGAAGCACGAGCUGGUGACGCGGGCCCUGCAGCUGGUGCAGUUCGACUGCAGCCCCGAGCUCUUCAAGAAGAUCCGCGAGCUCUACGAGACGCGCUACGCCAAGAGGGGCGCCGAGCCCCUGCCGCAGGCGCCGCGGCCGCUGGAGCCGCUGCCCGCGCACGCGCCCUACGAGCGCGCCGCCGCCGGGCCGCGCGCGCCGCUCUCGGGCCCGCACAUUGACUACCCCGUGCUGUACGGGAAGUACCUGAACGGACUGGGACGCUUGCCGCCCAAGACCCUCAAGCCGGAAGUGCGCCUGGUCAAGCUGCCCUUCUUCAACACGCUGGACGAGCUGCUGAAGCCCACCGAGCUGGUCCCGCAGAACAGCGAGAAACUGCAGGAGAGCCCGUGCAUCUUCGCCCUGACGCCCCGGCAGGUGGAGCUGAUCCGGAACUCCAGAGAGCUGCAGCCCGGAGUGAAAGCCGUGCAGGUCGUGCUGAGAAUCUGCUACUCGGACACCAGCUGCCCGCAGGAGGACCAGUACCCGCCCAACAUCGCGGUGAAGGUCAACCACAGCUACUGCUCCGUGCCCGGCUACUACCCCUCCAACAAGCCCGGCGUGGAGCCCAAGAGGCCCUGCCGCCCCAUCAACCUCACACACCUCAUGUACCUGUCCUCGGCCACCAACCGCAUCACCGUCACCUGGGGCAACUACGGCAAGAGCUACUCGGUGGCGCUGUACCUGGUGCGGCAGCUGAGCUCGGCGGAGCUGCUGCAGCGGCUGAAGACCAUCGGGGUGAAGCACCCGGAGCUGUGCAAGGCGCUGGUCAAAGAGAAGCUGCGGCUGGACCCGGACAGUGAGAUCGCCACCACCGGCGUGCGCGUCUCCCUCAUCUGCCCCCUGGUGAAGAUGCGGCUGACGGUGCCCUGCCGCGCCGAGACGUGCGCCCACCUGCAGUGCUUCGACGCCGUCUUCUACCUGCAGAUGAAUGAGAAGAAGCCCACCUGGACCUGCCCCGUGUGCGACAAGCCGGCGCCCUACGACCAGCUCAUCAUCGACGG